UAGAAUUGUGGGUUUGCUAGUAUGAGUUAAUCUAUAUCUUCAUGCUGUGGGGAGACUUUGAAGGCUCAAUAUGGGAGUUUUUGAUGAGUUACCUUUGCCUUCCGAAAAAGCUUAUUUGAGAGAAGAACUCUCUAGAGUAGAUGAGAGUUGGGCUGCUCCUCGUUUUGAUUCAUUACCUCAUGUUGUCCACAUUUUGACAUCAAAGGAUCGUGAAACUGCUGCCCAAUUUUUGAAGGAGCAAAGUGAUGUUAUUGAGGAGGUCGUGGAUGAAGUUGUACAAACUUAUCACAGUGGUUUCAACAGAGCUAUCCAAAACUAUUCCCAGAUCUUGAGGCUCUUCAGUGAAUCCACUGAAAGUAUAGCUGUCUUAAAGGUAGAUUUGGCAGAGGCAAAGAAGCGCCUUAGUGCCCGCAAUAAGCAAUUGCAUCAAUUAUGGUAUCGGUCAGUUACACUGCGACACAUAAUAUCCCUAUUGGAUCAAAUUGAAGGCAUUGCUAAGGUUCCAGCUCGUAUCGAGAAGCUCAUUUCAGAGAAGCAAUUUUAUGCUGCGGUUCAAUUGCAUGUGCAAUCAAUGCUGAUGCUUGAACGGGGUCUCCAAACUGUUGGGGCACUUCAAGAUGUCCGUUCUGAGUUAACAAAGUUACGUGGAGUCCUCUUUUAUAAGGUUUUGGAGGAUUUGCAUGCCCAUUUAUACAACAAGGGUGAAUAUAGCGCCGCUGGCUCAACUAUGCUAGAGAAUGACGAUGAAGUACCAACCACCACUGCUGAUGCACUUACUGUACAUAAUUCACAAUCCCUGUCUCGAAGAACAAGGUUAGUGAAAGGGGACAAUCAGACUAGUCUCCAGAAUGAUGGAUCGUAUAGGCCAGGAUCUGUGGAUGGAGGUUCUUUUGAUGGCCACGAUGAGGAAGGUGCUAUGGAAUUAAAUGAGGAAGCUACCUUAGAUGGGAAUAUUACAACAACGAGAAUGAAUGGUAGUGAUGUACCAAAGGAUGCCAACAUUGCUCUUCGGCAAAUGCCAACAUGGCUUUCCAAUUCGACACCUGAUGAAUUUCUUGAAUCAAUCAGAAAGAGUGAUGCUCCACUUCAUGUAAAGUAUCUUCAGACCAUGGUUGAGUGCCUUUGCAUGCUUGGCAAAGUUGCAGCUGCUGGCGCUAUAAUAUGCCAAAGACUGCGGCCAACAAUUCAUGAGAUUAUUACAUCCAAGAUUAAAGCUCAUGCAGAACUUUUGAAUUCAUCAAGGUCUAGCAUUGGUCAGGGUUCCCGAGCUGUUACUGGAGAUCUACACUUUAUUAAAGGUCAACUGGAAAGCUAUCAGUUGCCAAAACAGAAGCGUAAGAAUGGAAUAUCUAUUGCUGGGACUUUGUUGGCUGUGAGCCCUGUGUCACCUCUCAUGGCUCCUGGUGGGAAAGCGCAGGUUGCUGCGAAGGAGAUUCUUGAUUCAAUUUUGGAUGCUGUUGUUCGAAUAUUUGAGAACCAUGUUGUUGUCGGGGAGCUUUUGGAAGCAAAAUCCAGUCAGCAUGUUGAUUUGAACACACCAAAAUCAAUGCCAGUUGAUGUAAACUGGAACCCUGAUUCUGAAGCAUCUCAAGUAGUGGGAGGUUACAGCAUAGGUUUCUCCCUUACAGUGUUACAGAGUGAAUGCCAACAACUUAUAUGUGAAAUUCUGCGGGCUACUCCUGAAGCUGCAUCUGCUGAUGCUGCUGUACAAACAGCUAGGCUUGCGAACAAAGCCCCUUCCAAAGAGAAAAGGGAUGGAUCAGAAGAUGGUCUUACCUUUGCAUUUCGCUUUACCGAUGCUACAAUAUCUAUUCCUAACCAGGGAGUUGAUCUAGUUCGCCAAGGAUGGAGUAGGAAGGGUCCCAAUGUGCUGCAAGAGGGUUAUGGUUCUGCAGCAGUUUUGCCUGAAGAAGGCAUAUAUUUAGCGGCAUCCGUAUACCGUCCUGUGCUUCAGUUUACGGACAAAGUUGCCUCAAUGCUGCCAACAAAGUACUCCCAGCUUGGGAAUGAUGGGUUGCUAGCUUUUGUGGAGAACUUUGUGAAGGACCACUUUUUACCAACUAUGUUUGUAGACUACCGAAAAAGCGUACAGCAAGCCAUAUCAAGCAAGUCUUCUAAACUGUUCUGGCUGUUUCUUUUUGUGUUCUCUUCUACUUUACCGUGCAUUCUUCCGGCGAGUUUCUCUCUAAGCCGUGUGUCUCUCCGGCUUGUUUCUUCAACUGUCAGAACCACUUCCCGCCGCCAACAACCGCCGCUCGUCACUGUUCAGGCCACCGGAACCACUUCCGGCCGCCAACAACCGCCGCUCGUCACUGUUCCGGCCACCAGAGCACUGUUCCGGCGAGUUUUCAGCCCAGACUACCUGCAAUCAGGACCGUCUCAUCCCGGCGACCAGUUCUGUGGUGGUCCGACCACCGUCGCGUCAUCAACGCGCCUCCACGCGCCGUUCUUCUCCUCUGCGCGUGGUGCUCACGCGCCACCUUCAACCGGCGCGUGUGCACUGUUCCGGUGGAUUUUUCCGGCCGUUCUUGGACAGAACUUCUCGCCUUCUUCUCCUCUUUCUGGAUCU